AUGAAAAUACCCACUGAUUUCCACUUCACCGAACACAUUCUCAUCCUCUUGAUUGCCUCGCAAAUUCCUGUUGUCGCAGCAACGACGGGACCAGCUUUUGGCAAUGAUGAAAAUUCAGCGGGGCAUGGCAUUCAGUAUGGUCGAAUGAAUUUUUCAUGCUUCAAUGGUGGCUCAUUGAUUAAUAACAUUUUGCUAACUUCCAUUGUUUCAAAUGGUUCAUCUCACGAGGAAUCUAGCAUCUCUCAUUCUGUCUUCAAUAUUAAUAUUUGGACUAUGCAAACUGACCUCAAACUUGUCUUGCAGAUUGAGCUAUAA